UGUGGGUUUCCGCUUGUCGCCGCCAUUUCCGUUCUUUUCUAGACAGACAUCAAAAUGCAGAAGUCAAAAAGGGAGCCUAUCCACUGCGUCCAAGUUUUCGGCAGGAAGAAAACCGCAACUGCCGUUGCUUACUGCAAAAGGGGACAUGGAGUUCUUCGCGUAAAUGGACGCCCAUUGACCCAAGUUGAGCCUAAGAUGCUCCAAGAUAAAUUACAUGAACCAAUCUACUUGUUGGGAAAAGACAAAUUCUCUGCUGUAGACAUCCGUGUCCGCGUUAACGGAGGUGGUCAUGUUUCUCAGAUCUAUGCCAUCAGACAGGCUAUUUCUAAGGCUAUCGUCGCCUAUUACCAAAAGUACGUUGACGAAGCUUCCAAGAAGGAAUUGAAAGACAUCCUCAUCCAGUACGACCGCACAUUGUUGGUAGCCGACCCACGUCGCUGCGAGCCCAAGAAAUUCGGUGGUCCAGGUGCCCGCGCCCGCUACCAAAAAUCUUACCGUUAAAGAUUUUUUUAUCUUUGUUUUAUCUAUUGACUAGAUAUUACAAUAAACAACUAAAUUUAUAAGUAA